UUCUGUUCCAAAAUCUCUCCCUAUUCUCAAUGCUAACUAGCUAGCUACCUAGCUACUACUCCCCCUCCCUAUACAAAAUCACAUUUUCUAUUCCAUCAAACACAAAAUCUCAAUCUCAUCAUCUUCUCACUUUCAUUUUCAUUACAUUACAUUCUCCCUAUAAACAAAUUACUAAAAUUUCUACAUCAAAAUCCAAAAUCCAAAAUCCAAAAUCCAAAAUCCAAAAUCUUGUUACAAAAUGAACAUGUUAGGCUUAAGAGACUUAGUUCUCAUAGCUCAAACUCCUUCAUCUCUUCACAACCAACAAAACCAACCCAUUUCAUCAGAUCAUCAUCCCAACCUUCCCUUACCUUCAUCAUCAUCAUCAGCUCUAAGUGUUGGUCUUGGAAUUUUCCCACUCCUAACUACUACUACUCCUCCUCAUCAUCAAGACUCAAACUUUUGGAAUCUCAAGAUGUGUCAACCACAACAAGUGAUGAUAAUGAAUUCUACAAGCAAAAGGGUUGAAGAAAAAGAAGAUGAAAAGAUAAAAAAUUUGAUGAUAGAGGAAAAUAGUAAUGGUGGUGAUGAGUUUAAGGUGUGUUUGGAUUGUGGAAACAGAGCUAAGAAAGAUUGUAGCUUUAAGAGAUGUAGGACUUGUUGUAAAGGUCGUGGUUUUGAUUGUAGUACUCACGUGAAGAGCACGUGGGUACCGGCUUCGUUGCGCCGUGACCGGAAAAUGGUGUUGGCUGAAACCGGUUAUAGUGAUGGUGGUGGUGGUGGUGUUUCUUCUGGUACCAAGAGGCAGAGGAUUUUGGUGUCAUCAUCACAUAAUGCUGCUACUUCUCAUAGUUCUAGUUCAAUUGCUGCUACAAGAAGCUUAAGCUUAGAUAUUACUAGCUCUUGUCAUCAAGAUGCUAGAUUCAAACAAUCUUUGCCACGUUAUGUUCGUGCACCUGCUGUUUUCAAGUGCCAUAGAGUUUCUGCUAUUGGCAAUGGUGAAGAUGAACUUGCUUAUUUGGCGACAGUGAAUAUUAGUGGUCAUGUCUUCAAAGGGUUUCUUUAUGAUCAAGGUAUUGAUGCAAAAAAUGAAACAAAACCUUGUGUUUCAGAACUUCAACUUGGAAGUAAUGGCAGUGGAAAGAGUUACAGGGAAUGUUCUUCUUCUGCAAUUGAGGUUCCAACUAGUGCAUAUCCUGCAUCUGCUUGCUAAGAUUGCUUUAAGUGGAGACACAAUGGCUCAUCCAAUGAAUGGAAAUGUCCAAUUUCGUCUCUUGAAUGCGUUUCCUCUCACCUCAACUCAUGUACUAUUUUAGACUUUCAUGGCUCAACAAAUGAUCUUCGAUUUGUAACAUAUAUUUUGCAGAGUGCGAGGCUUUUACAAGAUAUGACAAUCAACGUUGCUACUAAGGAAUUGUUUUUGGAAAAAAGUCAGAUUAUAGAAGAAUUGUUCUCCUCUCCAAGGUCUCCAGAGUGUAAACUUUCAUUUGAUAUAAGUAAAGUCAGUGGAAUUAACAAUGAAUUGUUUCUAUAUUUCUAAUAUGAAAAAGUUUAGUUUGAUAGUUUGGUUGGACAACUAGGUUAGGCUUGGUCUUCUUAUAAAUUAAUCGGGUGAUGGAUUUUAGUAUUUUGAUGAAUUCUACUUCGAAUUACCAUUGUGGUUCAAUAAUGAUUGUUUUUAAUUAGAGUUGUUUGAUUAUGCUUGUUGUUAAUGGAAUAUGUUGGCAUUAAGGAGUUGUGA